GUGAAGCCGGAUAUGGAGGACAACAAGGACCGGUAGUAGCAUCAGUGGUGCAGCACCAGCAGCAAGCAGCGCCAUUUCACUUUUCAUUCAUUGGUGUCGAGGCCUCCAUCGGUUACUAGGAUCCACAGAACGUCAUCAUGGUGAAAAUUUUUAUUGGCAACCUUGCCUGCAAUGCCACACCUGAGGAGCUGCGCGACCUCUUCGAGAAGUAUGGAAAGGUCUCUGAAUGUGACAUUGUCAAAAACUAUGGUUUUGUACACAUGAGCAACAUGUCUGAAGCAGAGGAGGCGAUUCAAAACCUCCACCAGCACCAGCUGCAUGGCUGGCGUAUGAAUGUGGAGAUCAGCAAAGGGAGGCCCAAGUCCACCACCAAACUGCAUGUCAGUAACCUGGGUGAAGGGGUCAACACGGAGCUUCUGCGGGCUAAGUUUGAAGAGUUUGGCACAGUAGUGGAGUGUGACAUAGUGAAGGACUAUGCCUUCAUCCAUAUGGAGCGGAUGGAGGAUGCCAUGGAUGCCAUCAGUAAGCUGGAUAACACCGCCUUCAAAGGCAAGCUGAUGAGCGUUCAUCUGUCCACCAGUCGGCUACGCACUGCCCCAGGAAUGGGAGAUCAUACCGGCUGCUAUGUCUGCGGGAAACAUGGUCACUGGUCGAAAGAUUGUCCAGUCGGCCGGAACGGUAGCCACGGCGAAGGCACAAGAGGUCGCAGCAACCGGGCCCCCCCACGCGGUCCUCCGGGUUACGGCAGGGGCAGCUACGGGAUGGCCUCACCUCCAGAAGCUGAUUACAUGGGCGGCUCUGCGUAUAGUCGGGCUAGUUACGUAGGUGGGUUGCCGCCUCCCCCUCGUAGGCCUAGUGGCUACAGCGCUGAGCUGGGGGAUAGGUACGCCAGCAGAGCAGCCUAUGGGGACAGGUCAUCAGCUUAUGAUCGGGACCGUCUCUAUAGCAGUGUUGACUAUUAUGAGAAGUACAGAGCCCGCCCUUACGGCUCAAGCUAUUUCGAGGAUCGUCGUAUGUCCUAUCUCCCCCCUCCUCCACCUCCUCCACCUCCCCCAGCCUCCCUCUCAAAGCUCUCCUCCAGUUUAGAUGCAUAUGACCGUCGGUCAUCAGCCGCCGCAGCUGCCGCAUACUAUGCACGAGACCGCAGCCCGAUCAGACGAGUACCGGUGUCCUCGCCAGGCUACGGCUAUGAGCGAACACGGCUGUCACCGGUGUCCGGCUCCAGGAGCUCCUACGCUGUCCCACGACCCAAGGAUCAUUACGCGCCACGCUAUGCGCCUUACUAAAGCCACGGUGCCAAGGUCUAUUUGUGAACUGCAGGACUUUUCCUUUGCCAUCAUUUCUUCAAGCGACAUGAUUCCAUCACUGCGUGCUGUGCGGAAAAGCAUAUGAGAUGCAGAAAAUUAAGAUUGGAAAUCGUGUUGGCAUCUUCCAGGCACCUGAGAUACCAGUUAGUUGCCUGCAGAUGAAUUGUCCUUUCAGUUGCAUUCACAUAAAAAUUAUUAGCAAACUGCACCGUUUGACAUUUAUGAUGUAUAAAAUAAUAAUUUGCUCACUUGCUCUGCAGGUUUUCAGCUCAGUUUUAGCCAUGUCUUUUUCCUUACCUUUGUUUCUUCUCUUGAAGUUAAAUUCAGCAAAUGUUCAUUGUUUGGCUUCUGUUUCUCAUUAAGAGUAAGUAUUGUUUCUUCAGUAUAUGAAAAUGUACCUUCCAGUUUUUUCUUUGAAUGGAAUGAGGGUGAACUCAUGCUGUAACUGCUGCAGAAGAAUCUUGUCUUGCUCAGAUUUGACACGAUCUAAGUCAGCUAUAUGGAUGUGGAUAAAGAUAAAGGUUUUUUCAUAAAUGACCGUCAUUGGUGUCUUUCAGUGUGCCGUAAAGGUCCGCGCCAGGUAUGUAGUGUUGGAGCUAAAACCAGUAGCUUUCACUGACAAGUUGCUUCCUUAAUGUGUGAAAGGGUGAAACACCCAGUAAGCAGUUUAGUGGUUGGUGGGAAAGAAAGCCUCCACUCUUUGGCCCCUGUAGCACAAGAAUGGACUCUGAGAUUUACAUUGAAGAACUGAAUCCAUGUCCAUGCAACUGACCUGGCUAAAUGUCCAGCUAGGACACACAAUCACACUUUGACUUAGUAUCUAUGCUAAAACAAAUAAUCUCAAACAUUCCAGCCUCAUUUUUAUAAUUUAGGUGUGCUUCUACAAAACAACCGAUUGAUACAUUUUAUAAUACUUCAUGAGGUGUCUGCUGAGCUGAAGUCAAAAUUCUUGAAUUGAGAGUUGUUGUGUUGCACCAAAACAGCAAUGUUGGCAACAGUGCAACUGAGUAACAUCUUGACUGAUUUCUAUGGGCUGAAAUAUGUGCCACCAGAAACUGAAUUUGAAUGAUUUAUAUUUUAAUUUGAAUUGCUUCACUUGAAAAAUUGCAUUAAACAACUGAAUUUGAAGCACAUCAUUUGAAUUUGUAUUGUUCAAUUUGAGUCAUUGCAUUGAAAAAACUGAAUCUGAAUUGUAAUUUGAAAAUCGAAUUUAUUAGUUUGGAACUGAACUUUCAGUUCUCACAUUUCAAAUUCGGUUUGCAAAAUUCAAUUUCAAUUUUCUACGAUGAAGAUACACAAAGCACCUCUUUGGCCAAUCAGCAACCGGCUGGCAACAAAUGUUACAAAAGAAAACAGAGGUGCUGACUGGCCGAAGAGGCGCUAUGGCAACCUGGUGGCAACACGUUACAAAGAAAACGGAGGUGCUGAUUGGCCGAAGAGGCACUAUGUGUAUCUUCGUUGAAUUUUGCGAACUGAAUUUUAAUUGUGAGAACUGAAUGUUUAGUUCCAAACUAAUAAAUUCAAUUUCAAAUGACUAUUCAGAUUCAGUUUUUUAAUGCAAUGAUCCAAAUUGAACAAUACAAAUUCAAAUUAUGAGAUUCAAAUUCAGUUUUUUAAUGCAAUUAUUCCAGUUAAGCAAUCAAAUUCAAAUAUAAAUAAUUCAAAUUCAGUUUCUGGUGGCACAUAUUUCAGCCCGUAUAUUUCUUCCCACUCUUAACAUUGCACACUUUGACCACAUCCGCUAUCAGAGAAUAACCCAUCAUCUUGAAUUUGAAUGUGUUCAUAUAACAGCAUAAGCAGACAGAGAGAUGUGAGGCAGGACUCAGGGCUUGGGCUGUAUAAACCAUGAGGCACUUGUGUUUUCUUGAAGUUGCCUUUGUUUGUUUUGCAUAUAGGUGGAUUUGAAGUUUGUGUUUUUCAUACUAGCUGAAAUGUACCAGCAUACAUAAAACAUGAAAUGAAUUUGAUUUUUAAUAAAGCCAAAAUUAUUU